UUGUCCAAAAAUGUAGCGCCUAGUUUCAGUUACGGAGCAUCAAGUCUGUCUGGAGUGAAUGGUGGUCUAUCUGGAUCAUAUGGGUACUCCGGUUUAUCUGGAGCAUACGGAUAUUCUGGUCUAGGUGGUGCAUACGGAUAUUCUGGUCUAGGUGGUGCAUCUGGGUAUUCUGGUCUCUCUGGCAUAUAUGGUAUUUCUGGGAAAUCUGGUGUUUAUGGUCUAUCUGGUUCAUCAGACUUAUCCGGUAUCUCCGGCGUUUCUGGUCUCUCUGGUGUUUCAGGUUUCUCUGGUGUAUCAGAUGUCUCUGGUGUAUCAGGUCUUUCUGGCCAAUCUGGUGUAUACGGUCUUUCUGGCUCAUCUGACUCAUACGGUAUCUCUGGCUUAUCCGGUAUCUCUGGUCAGUCUGGUAUAUCCGGUCUGUCUGGCAUUUCUUACGCUCCAGCUUACUACGGCCAGAACCAAUACUACCGUAACUUCGGUGAACAAGUACAACUGCCAGUCCACCAAGUACAGCAAUUCCAAUAUCCAGUACAACAGAUCCAACAGCAAGUACAUGUGCCUAACACUGUAGCCACCCGCACCAUCACCCAACGCGUAGCAGUGCCAGUACCUCAGGCAGUACCAGUAUACGUCACCAGGCAUGUGAAUGUGCCAACUCCUGUUCGAGUUGAUGCUCCAAGGCCUUACGCCGUACCUGUACGCGUGAAUGUUCCUGUAGAAGUUCCUAGACCUUAUGCCGUCAAAGUUGAACAGAGAGUGCCAGUCGCUGAAGAAGUCAAGGUACCAAUUGAAAUCCCAAGACCCUACGCAGUCUACAAGACCAAGCAAGUCAAAGUAGAAGUCGAAAGACCUGUAUUCGUGAAGGAACCAGUGCACAUCAGAGUACCUGUUCCACAGCCUUACAACGUGGAAGUACCACACCCAGUAAAAGUAGGAGUCCCCCAACAGAUCACCGUCAAAGUACCACAAAUCGUGGGUUCUCAAUACCCCAGCUCCGUACAGCAAGUCUUUCAAGGAGUGAGUGCCAUUCCAUCCGCAAUCAGUGGCAUCCAAUCUGGAAUCAGUGGUAUAUCUUCAGGAAUCAAUGCCUACCCAUCAGGAAUCAGUACCAUCUCUUCAGGAAUCAGUGGGUACCCAUCAGGAAUCAGUACCAUCUCUUCGGGACUCAGUGACUACCCAUCAGGAAUCAGUACCAUCUCUGGAAUCAGUGGCUACCCAUCAGGAAUCAAUGGCUACCCAUCAGGAAUCAGUAGCUACCCAUCAGGCAUCAGUAGCAUCUCUACAGGUUCGAACGGUGCCUCAGUCUUCGAUAACAUCAACUCCUUCAGCGUAUCAGACUCGACUCUGGGCCUGCCCACAUUGUCCAACUCGGAGAAUGAGUCCAUCUCUGUGGAGGCCAGAAGUGGAUCGAGCGAUAUCCUCAGCACCUUAGCGCCAUCUACUAUCUCAUCCGACAAUGUAUCCUCUGUCACAGUCAAUGUUGAUGAACUGCAUUCCACUUCUGAGGCUGAACAUAUUUCGUCUGCUGUUGAACACGAGUCAUCCACUGUCUCCAACGCUUCGACUGAAUUGUUGUAA